CGCGGCUCGGGCGGCCCCGCCGCGCUCGGCCCCGCACCCGCCGCCGCCGCAACAUGUUACCCAGGGCAGCCUCGUCCAUGCCGCCGCCUCCCAACCCCGCUCCCUACUUCCCGCCUGCCCGGGUCACGCUGCCCUCCGGCCUGGAGAUCCUGCGCACCUUCUCGGGAGCCGUCAUCUUCCUGGAGAUCCUGUUCGGAACAAUAGUCUGGAUUUUGGUCGCUUCUACCCAAGUUCCACUGCCGCUGCUGCAGGGAUGGGUCAUGUUUGUAGCAGUGACUGCAUGGUUCCUGUCCAUUGUGUUCCUCUCUGUGUUCCUCUUCGGCUAUGCAAAUAGAAUUGCUCUCAACUGGAACCAGGCGGAUUUUAUUUUCCAUGGAGCUACUUUUGUCUUCUAUUUUGGAGCUUUUCUACUCCAAGCAGCAACUACAUCUCUGCAUCACUUUCCCCGCAAAUUCAAUUCCACCGCACAAGAGAGGAUUCUAACUGGUCAUCAAUAUAACAUCAGCAUAGCAGCUUCGAUUUUUGCCUUUGCAACAGCUGUUUGUUACGGUUUCAGCACAGCCCUGGCAUUAAGGAGAUGGAGGCUAAAUAACAGUUGAAGAGAGGUUAACACCCAUGUGUUCCACUUCAGAUCAAAUUAAGUGCUACUUGUCUGUUUUACUGUAAUCUAAUUCCAAAAAGACUUUAUUUCUACUGUUUUAAAUGCAAAUAACCCCUAAUUAGGAUUUCCUCAACAAGUUUCCAUCUCUUCCCUUUCUAAUAUUUACUUUUAUUGUGUAUGCAUUAUAAGUGUACUAAUUGUGUGGUAU